UUUCUCUAUCUAGAAGUCCAUGUCUGUGUAAGUAACUCAAAAAUACAUGACGUGAGCUGAUAUUACACUAAUCUAACAGCAAAAAAUUUGGGUACAUGGCUUACAAGAAGAAUCGUACUGAAAUUUAACGAGAAUGACAAAGAAACGUGCUUGCGUUAUCGUAUUAGGAGAUGUAGGGAGGAGCCCAAGGAUGCAGUAUCAUGCCUUGUCACUAGCAAAAGAAGAAUAUGAUGUGGAUGUUGUAGGAUAUAGCGGAUCAUCCCCUUAUUCGGAUGUUUUGUUUUCUUCUAGAAUUUCAUUUCAUUUUAUGAAGCAGCCUCCAGUGUUUAGUUACAUUCUACCGAAGUUCAUCUCCUACUUCCUCAAAGUUAUUUGGCAAACCUGUUUCUUGGCAUGGAUUCUCUUGUGGAUACCGAAACCAAAUUUCUAUCUUGUCCAAAACCCUCCGUCAGUUCCUACAUUACCAAUUUGUUGGUUGAUUUCCAGACUUCGUAGAUCUCAGCUUAUAAUUGAUUGGCACAAUUAUGGAUACACAAUCAUGGGACUUGUUAUUGGUCCAAACCAUAUCCUCACAAGAAUUUCGUAUCAUAUUGAAGCUCUGUUUGGAAGAUUCGCUAACUUAAAUUUUUGUGUAACAAAAGCUAUGAGUUAUGAUCUUCAGCAAAACUGGGGAGUUCGUGCCAUUACGCUGUAUGAUCGGCCUGCCGAGAUCUUCCAACCUGUCUCAUUACCAGAAAAGCAUGAACUUUUUCUCAAAUUGGGAAAGGAUUAUCAUGAAUUCUCCUCCAGCCGACCGGAUGACACCCUUUUAACAGAACGAUUCGCCGAUGGCCAAGUCCGACUACGUGAAGAUCGCCCUGGUCUUCUUAUAUCAAGCACAUCUUGGACGGAGGAUGAGGAUUUCUCUAUUUUACUCGAUGCACUGGAUGAAUACGAAUUAAAUCGAUCGGUCAAUUCGUCGGAUUAUCCGCCAUUGAUGUGUGUUAUAACAGGAAAAGGACCGCUAAAAAGUUACUACAGCAACAUUAUUCAAGCAAAGCAGUGGCAGCAUGUAGAAAUCUGCACCCCUUGGCUCGAACCAGAAGAUUAUCCAAAGCUCAUCGCCAGUGCUGACCUUGGAGUAUGCCUUCAUACAUCUUCAUCUGGCUUUGACUUACCGAUGAAAGUGGUCGACAUGUUCGGAUGCGGCUUGCCUGUCUGCGCCGUCGGAUACAACUGUUUAGAUGAGCUGAUUACGGAUAAAGAAAACGGGAUGAUCUUUAAGACAGCAGGGGACUUAGCUGACCAACUACUGAAUUGGUUCCAUGGUUUUCCGCGAGAUAACGAGGAGAAUCGACAAUUUUACAGACAAAAUCUGAAAGUCUAUCAAAAUCUCCGCUGGCACGAAGAAUGGAGGAAAAUAGUACUUCCUCAUUUGCCAUCAACUAACUGACUGUUUCUUGUGUUAACGUGCAGUAGAGGUCAAGAAAUCUAUAUUCAACUUCCAUUGGUCAUUCAGUAAAAUUGAUAAUUACGAACGUGAUAUGCCAACUGAAUAUAAUAUUUUCUCGUA